CCAUCCAAAUCAUUGGAUUCAGGUGUUCCAAUCCCCUCCCAAUCAUGUGAUUCAGGUGUUCCAAUCCCCUCCCAAUCAUGUGAUUCAGGUGUUCCAAUCCCCUCCCAAUCAUGUGAUUCAGGUGUUCCAAUCCCUCCCAAUCAUGUGAUUCAGGUGUUCCAAUUCCCCUCCCAAUCAUGUGAUUCAGGUGUUUCCAAUCCCCUCCAAAUCAUGUGAUUCAGGUGUUCCAAUCCCCUCCCAAUCAUGUGAUUCAGGUGUUUUCCAAUCCCCUCCAUGGACACAGGUGUAUACAAAUCAAGCCCCUAGGCAU